AUGGCACAAGUUGGGGAAUAUCUCAAGGAAUACCAGGAUAUGCUGCAAUCCGAACUACGAAAUACCCACCCGGAACUUCUGAAAGGCUGUGACCGAAUACUCGAGUUUCUGGCUUCUGCACAAGGCGAUCGCCAGAUGCCUGAUUCUAGCAAUUCUCCACACGAAGAAAGCGAAGUAGCAUCCAACAAUGAAACAACUGACGGUACGCAAGAAAAAAGCCUAGCAUCAAAGCGGGCCACCGAACAGUACACCUCAACGCAAAGAAUGUCUCCAACAACAGACUCUGAACUGGAAACACGCCAUCUCAUCCAAUCAAACAUGAUGAUCAAGCUGGACCAGUCGGUUUCCGACACAAUCGACCGAUUUAUGGGUGGUAGUACAAAUUACUCCUACUCCUUUUUGGAAGCUUCUUUUGCGCGCAGACUGAAGCGAUUCAGUCUUGAACACGCUUUCCGGGUUUUCACUAAUCCGCAAUCCAAUCCGUAUGAAGUCUUUAGACUAUUUAGACUCGUGCCCUGUUUCCGUGAAAGAGAUAAGAUGCACCCCUACUUCAAGGAUCUAGUCACUUCGGAUCGAGGUCAUUCACUGGAAAUUUCGGCAUUGCCCUUUUACACCAUAGGUGGCGCUGGAACGCACUACCCUGAUCUGAACGGACACGGCGAUCCGAUAUACCCCCCGAAUAUGAGAGUCCCUCGACGUAUACUUGGAAUCAUACCUGGGAUGAAUGGAGAGGAUAAUUCGAUCCAUCUUGAUCAACCCCAGCAAAGCCAACUUCAGCUUUGUGGAUUUGGAGGGGAAUGGUUUGAUUGCCGAGAUGUGGAGGGGUUUCUCAGAGAAAAAGGAGUGCAAAUUACGGAAUCCUCUGUAUUUCCUUCAGUGAAAGAGGUCCAAAAUGGCAAGUGA